UGUAAUCCGCAAUGUUUGCGUAUCGCUGGCUCAGGCACGUGUAACGAAGAUGGCGGCCACCGGCGAAGCUUAUGCUUUAUGCCGAGUCUUUCAGAGAAAUAACUUGCUUUCUGUUGAAAAACAUUGCGAAGAGAACCACGUUAUACUAACAUUCAAGGAUAGAGGCGUUCUAGUGUACAAUCUCGCUAAUAACAAACUUGUGCAUAGCUUGGCCGCCCAACAAAAGCAGGAAUUUACUUGCCCCGUUGUUCAUGACCCUAGAACCAGGAAGUAUAUCGGUGUUAUCAACGACACGAAAAUUUGUCAGUGGAGUGAAGAUUCAGUGGAUUUAUCUGAUUUUCAGUCUUUUGAGGUAGAGACUGCUAUCGCUUCCAUCAAAGUUUCCUGUGGUGAAGUUGAUCAUGAACCUUUAGUGGUUUUUGUGGAUGGAACAGUAUCUUUCCUCAAUAAAUGCCCCCAGAAAUCCCGCAACUCCAAAAGAAAAGCAAAACCCAAGAAUAUAGUAAAAAGGGUUGUUCACUCUGCUGUACUCUACAAAGAGGAGUCAGUAUUUGUUGGUGUUUUCAAAAAUAAGGACAGCAAGAAUGUUUUAUCUGUAACUCGUCUUGAUGAAACAGUGGAGACUCACGAGGCAGAGAUUGUACCACCAAGUCUGAAUGCAGAGCUGCUUUGUUGCUGUGUGUCAAACAAUGCGAUGGCCUUAUCCUACUGGUCAGACGGAUGUCUAUGUAGCUGUGAUAUCACAUCCCUACUGGUUCCAGACACAGCUUUAAAACAACCUAUACAGCUUCACAACAAGUUGCUAUGGACAAGCAAGCUACCAGACUCCUCUAUUUCAAAGUCAACUGUUUCCAUGGUGCCAAUUGGCUCCUCCCACAUUUGCCACUGCGGCAGUCAGAAGGCAAAAGAUGAUACUUUACAAGUGUGUCUAUCAGUCAUUGACACAAGGUUUGGUACUCUUCAAGCGAGCAAGUCACUCCAGGGUAUCAUAUCUAGCCAGGCAACAACCGGCGCCAAUACAUCUCCUCGGGCAGUCGGCCCUAUUCUGGCCACAUCAGGUUAUGUCUGUGUGGGUCUCAGCUCAUGUGUUGCUGCCUGCCCUUGCCGCGUGGAACAGUCAUCCCUGGCCACAGCUCUUGGAAAGCUUUCAAGCUACUCCACCACAGGGAUCCCACAACCUCUACUCUGCAUUCCACAGCUGCCAAAACCCACAGAGAUCCAGGAUUUAUCUAAAUGGAGAAAACAAGUGACUUCACAGCAGACAACCGAAGAGUCAUCCCUGGAGAAACUCACUGAUCCCAGCAAGACGUCAACAGCAACAGAGUUUACCUCUGAGCUCAGACGCUAUCUUGAUUCCAAGUGCUCUGCACAUGAGCAAGAUGAGAAAGUCAAACAUAGUCCUAUCAAGAGAGUAAAAAAGCAAUCAUUUAAAGCCAAGGAGAAACUAUCGACCAAAAGAGCCUUGUUAUCACAGCCUUUUGUGCUGUCUGUGUUAUCACGGUGUCUGACAGAAGAAGGGUUCUGGCCAACUGAUGCGCUGUCUUGUCUGCUUCAGACCUGUUGCGUGCCUGCCAGUUCGAGUCCAGAGCUGCUUGAGCGUUUGAUGGAAAAGAAAGAUAUAAAUCUGAUUAUGCAGUGUUUUAAGUACAUCAAGGGGAUCCCAGAACCCACUGUGGUCUCUAGUCUUCAGUUUGUGUUAAGCGCUGAUAGUUCUGUUUUUGGAGAGGAGGAUGGUGAAACAAAUAUGACUGAUAGAGUUGAAGAGUCAGGGUCCGCCCCCUGUCUAUCAUUUAGAGACAAACAGACAAAGCUACUCUGUUUAAUCCUCUGUUACCCUGUGAAUGAUGUAUUUAUCCAAAGCAGUGCCAAGAUACUGACAACCAAAAAUCUCUGUGUCUUGUUGCAGUUUCUAACGCAGAUCGUCCAGCAGGCCCCACUUAAAUCGUUUCCAAGUCACCAAAACAGCCUUCCCUAUUCUACGGUACUGGAUUGGACAGGAUGGCUGAUGAACGCGCAUUACACCAGCCUCGUUCUCAUGCCGGAAGUGCACCAGCUUCUCCUAGACCUCCACGAGUCUGUACAGGACCAGGUCACGCUCUUCCGACACUUAAGUCGCCUGGAUGGGUUCCUGUCCCACUUGAAGAGCAAGCAGCCACUCCCAGGCACGAGGGGGAUCGGUCAAUAUACCAUAGAGAUGAUAGAGCUAUGAUCUACUUACCAUUGAACCAAGAACAUCGGCCAGUAUGCCAUAGAGAUGAUAGAACUAUGAUCUACUUACCAUUGAACCAAGAACAUCGGCCAGUUUACCAUAGAGAUGAUAGAGCUAUGAUCUACUUACCAUUGAACCAAGAACAUCGGCCAGUAUACCAUAGAGAUGAUAGAGCUAUGAUCUACUAACCAUUGAACCAAGAACAUCGGCCAGUAUACCAUAGAGAUGAUAGAGCUAUGAUCUACUUACCAUUGAACCAAGAACAUCGGCCAGUUUACCAUAGAGAUGAUAGAGCUAUGAUCUACUUACCAUUGAACCAAGAACAUCGGCCAGUAUACCAUAGAGAUGAUAGAGCUAUGAUCUACUAACCAUUGAACCAAGAACAUCGGCCAGUAUACCAUAGAGAUGAUAGAGCUAUGAUCUACUUACCAUUGAACCAAGAACAUCGGCCAGUAUACCAUAGAGAUGAUAGAGCUAUGAUCUACUUACCAUUGAACCAAGAACAUCGGCCAGUAUACCAUAGAGAUGAUAGAACUUUGAUC